GCGAGUCGGCAGGCAAGCGGCCCCGCCUCCUCCCCUCCCCGCCGCGGCCGGAUUUCAUUUCGCCCUCCGCUGCCGGCCGCGGGUGUAAGGCGAGCCAGUCUCCUGUCCCCGUUAGGGUUCGCCCGCGCCGCCCCCUCUCCGCCGCGGCGCCGCCCCCUCUCCGCCGCGGCGCCUACCCCUCUCCGCCGCGGCGCCAUGGUGGUGCUCAAGGUCAUCAAUGCCGCCGUCAAGGAGCGGCUGCUCGACCUCCGAGGGAGAGAGAUGAGCUCGGUUGAGGAAUUCGGCGGCACCGAGGACGAAUUCGAUACGAUUGACCUGUCAGAAAACAUGAUUAUCAAGCUUGGGAACUUUCCUUGUCUGAAUCGCUUAGGAACUCUAGUUGCUAGUCACAACAGAAUCAACCACAUCUGUUCAAAUAUUGGUGAACUUCUACCAAAUCUGCAUACAUUAGUGCUCAUGAACAAUGAUAUCACAAGUCUUGCGGAGAUUGACCCUCUUGCUGCUCUCCCAAAGCUGAAAUCUCUCUACUUAUUAGAGAAUCCUGUCACUGAGAAGCCAGAUUACAGGUUUUAUGUGAUCCACGGGUUGAAACAUUUGAUGUCACUGGACUUCGAGAAAGUGAAACCACAGGAGAGGACCACAGCAGCACAUAAGUUCCACUCAAAGGAGGCACAGGAAGAGGUAAAGAAGACAUUUGCCAAAGCUUAUACUCCAAUGAAGCCAGUGGGUGCUCAAUAUAUAACAGAGAAGUCAUGCCCUAAAGCAGUCUCUCCAGUACCAUCUACAAAGGUAUUGAGCACUGGCCAGAUGGCUGCUGAAUUUGCUUCCUUCAAGCCUGACAUUGAUAUGGCUGAAGCCUUGGAGAAAACUGACAAGAUAAAGGGUCAGAAUCACGAGAAUAGGGCUGAUGAGCAGAUGCCAGAUGAAGAAAGCACCCUAAUUCAAGAGGUAAAAGUAAGCAUAUUGAACAACUGGAUGAUAGAUAUAGAUCAGGAAAUCUUUGGAGCUGGUCCAGAUUCAAUAUAUGUAACCCAACCAGGACAUAUGGAAGAAUACAUAUACAAGAACUUCCAACGAACACAGUUCAGAUUUAUCUUGAGCUGGAGAAAAAGACUUUUUAAGAAAAUGCACAUAUUACCACUGCCUCGGAUGCAAAUAUCAGGCGACUGUGCAUACAAUGCCACGGUGACACUCAUGGAGUGUCAUCUCAAAGUGCUAUUUGCUCGUCGACCUGAUGGGAAGUGUAGGACUUUCAAUGUCCGCCUCUCGGCUAAGCAUCUUAAACAAAUGGUAGCAGCUCAUUAUGAGUCUAAAGAAGGAAAGGAUUUAAAACUUGGAGACCUGCUUUUCACCUGCCUACGAAUGGCCGAAAGGCAUGGAGUGGUCAGCGAGGAGGACUUUGAUGCUGCAUCUUGAUGCUGCAGCUCGGCAUCUGCCUCGACAUAGUUAGCUACUCAAGGUGCAUCAUGCUCGAGAUCGCUGGGGAGGACGGCCUCAGACCCGUAAACCAUGAAGAAGAAGGGAGUAUAACUAGUAGAAUAGUUUGGCGUUGUGAGUAGGCUUCAGAGAGGACCCGUAAACAAUGUAAGAUUUCCGAUAUGCAUUUGAUUGCCGGCCCCAGGGCUUGCCUUGUAACCGGCCGGCUUGGCUUGAUCCACUUGGUGAAGUCAGCCCCCAGAUCACGAACAACCAAGUGACAGGGAUUGUUUUGAGGGAUGUGUCUCGCAUGUGACUUUGCUUGGUGAA